AACAUGGCUGCCGCGGCUGCCGGCUCCCAAUCCUCAACCCUCUGUGAGGUCCACAAUAAGCCUCUGAAGCUCUUUUGCCAAAAUGACUCGGCCGUGAUCUGCACAGAGUGUGCCAAAAGCAAGAAGCAUCGCGAUCAUGCUUUUCUCUCCAUACCAGAAGCAGCCCAAAAACACAAGGAAAUGUCAGGAGAAGAACGUCGCAAUUUGGCAAAUGAGUUUGAACAGUUCCACCAGGCUGCAAAGGAUCAAAUGCAGUUUCUCCUUUCCCAUUUGGAAGAACUGAAAGUCAACAUCUUAGACUACCAGAAAAAAAAUUACACCAGGCAGAUGAUAAAGAUAACCCAAUUGAACAUCUUGAUUGGAGACAUCGAGAAGAAAUGUGAACAGCCAGAGACUGAAUUCCUGAAGCAAAUGACUCAGAUCAACAGCUUGGUCAGUAAUUUGGGGAAGCUGCAUAAGGAGCUCCAUGAUGAAUGGCUGAAGCAAACCCAGAGAUCCAGAUCCAAAAUAGGUUUGUCCAUCUCUGUAAUUAGGAAGGAUGAACAGUGGUUGGUCAACUUGCCUCUUCACCCAGCAGCUGGUCAGUUAACUUGUGGCUUUACAAAGAGGCAAGAUUUGAAGGAGGUGAUCAACCUCAUGGGUAAGAUGCAAAGUGAAUUAAUGAAAGUCACGUACAGCUCCCUGAAGCCUUAUGAGAAAGCAAACGUGUUCUUCGAUCAGGAUACCCUGAACCCCAUGCUGGCUCUUUCAGAUGACAAUCUAACUGUCCAGUGGGAUAUGGAGUUGAAGGAAGACAUCCCUUGGCACUGGAAGAGAUUUGAAAAACAUUCCUGUGUGCUUGGAAGUGAAGGAUUCACCGAAGGGAGAUUCUACUGGGAGAUAAAUGUGGAAGAGGGGAAGAUCUGGGCUGUGGGCGUUGCCAAAGAGUCUGUGGAGAGGAAGCACCUGGUGCAUUUUGCCCCUGAAGAUGGCAUUUGGGGAAUAGGUUUAGAUGAACAAAAAUAUGUGGCAUAUACCAAUUCUGGAGUUAUUCCUUUGGGUCUGACUGAGCCUGUCCAAAAGAUCCGGGUAUAUCUAGAUUACACUGCAGGGCAGGUGUCAUUUUUCAAUGCUGAGACCGACACCUGGAUCUUUACCUUCCCGCCAGCACACUUUUCUGGAGCAGAUAUCUACCCUUGGUUUUGGGUUGAGGGAGGGCUGAUCAGACUGCCAGAAAUAGACUUUGAAGAGCUAGCCACUGACCUUGUGUGGGGAAAGUACAGCGAGGUUCCUCUUUAUGGAGACCCUUGGAAAUAUUUUUCAUGAACCCUGG